AUGAACUCGACGACGGAACUACCGGCGUGGCGGAUCCUCCCCGCCCCCGGCGACCACUUCAUCUGGAGCCCUACCGAUGGAGAUAGCCGUUCACAGUUGGCACAGCCUCGGAAGGUUCUCAUCUCGAGACGGGGAACCCCGGAAUCUCCCCACUACCCUUCCAUGUCCGAUUUGUUGGUCGAAGGUAAAUGAGGGAGGGAGCAUCAGUAAAAUACAUGCAUAUCGUCGUGCUUUUUCGUUCCGUCUGUUCCAUCUGUGUCGCUUAUUCCAGCGGGAUUGCUGCCAGCUUCCACGAAGCUCAGGGAAGGAGGCGGUGGAGGCGAGGAUGGCGUUCCCAUGUUUAAGACAGGAUCAGGAAGGUCCGUCACCGUGAGGCAAAGUUCACUCCGGAAGGCGGAGAUGGUUCUCCGUGAAUCAGAUAAAUCAGGAGGUGACGCUUGUCGGUGGGAGUGUUUUUUCUCUAAAACUAGUCACGGUAAUGGAUGCCCAGGCUAUUUUUUGUUUCUGCAUGUCGAGUCCCAGGAAUUCAACGUGUAUGCGGUUAGAAUGUUGACCAAAGCCAUCGGAUUACGCAAUAAUAGAUUACAUAUCAAUUGAACGGAGAAUUCGAAAGAUAUUCAAAGAAUUUCGGAUUUAUUGUUAUAUAAUAUCAUUCUAAUUUUCAGGUUGCGGAGGCUCAUCCCAGGGUGUUUCAGGGGAGGGUGGCUUGCCGAUGUUCUGUACUGGUUCAGGAAAGUUGGUGAAAGUGAGCAAAUCCUCUCUCGAGAAGGCAGCCUCUGUGCUCAAACUAGACAUGCCGGAGCAGGGUACAUCGUUCCGAUAUAACCUCGGCCACUGGAUCAUCUGUCUUCUUAUUUCAUCAACCAUAUAAUUUUUUUUUCUCUUAUUGCGUUAUGGUGAAGUUAUUUCUAGGUCUCAAUAAUUAUUCGUGUAAAGGCUAGCCUUUAAAAAAUAGUAUGUUUCUUGUAACUGCCUAAAUUUUUAGCAUGCAGACUUAGAAACCUAAACAACUAUGCUCACAUCAAGAUAUUCGGAGUUAUUGUCAUCUUAAUAUCAUUAUCAAUUCCAGGGUAUGGAGUACUGUCUGAGGGUGAUGCUGCAGACGAUGGCUUGCUCUUGUUUUCUACUGGUUCUGGAUCAUCGGUGCAAGCAAAGAAGGCCUCUCUCAAGAUGGAAACGUCUGUACUCAAAGGAGAUAUGACAAAGAGGGGUGAUGUCACUGCUCUUUUUAUUGUAUCCUUUGAUAAUUUGUUCCCGUAUUUCAUUAACUAGAAGUGUUCUUCACUGUGCAUUUACACGCUGGUGAAUGUUCUGUCUAGAUUACAGCUAAAGUGCAUCUAUAUUGACUAACAGCCUUGAAAAACUAAUAGCACAUAGAAAGUUUAUCUUGAAAACGUAGGGGUAUCAUUGGCUCGCAAAUUCAAAACAUCUAUAAGGCUCCCCAUAUCAAUAUUGCAUUUUCGCAUGAAAAAUUCUCAAGACGGACGAUCGUUAAAACUGUUUAGCAACAUAAUGUCCUAUGUCCCAAGCGCAAAAUGGAGAUCUAUUUCCGAAAACAAUCACAAAAGUGGUUGCAGCGCUAAAGAGUGACACUUGGUGCCAUGUCGAAAUGCACGUGAGGAAUCUAUUUUACGAAGAAAAUAUCUUUUAAGUAAAACCUUAAGGUCUAGGGUAGCAUAUUCUGACUGAGAUUUAUCACGCUGUAUAAAGAUAACCUUUGAAGAAUUUUUUUUGGAACUAACUGUUUAGGAUUGCAGAAUCUGGUUUGCAGUAGCCCAGAUACUUCAUUUUAUUCCUACAAAAUGAAAUUUAUUUCUAAGGUUAAUGGAUGUCGCAAAAGCCUACCUGAGAAAAACCAGCGAUGCCCUUCUGCCAUGUCAAUGACAAAAGACAGUUAUCCUCACCCACCGUCUGCCAUGUCUGCUUCCUAGUCUGGGAAAAUACGCGAUAAGUUCCCUCCCCUAGAAUUCCUACUCAUUGGUGUGCUGUAUGAAAAAGAAGAAACAGAGGUGAUGAGGGGGGGUUUUAUUGGUCAAUGAUCAUCACUAACCUCCUAAUAAUCCCCCAUCGUUGAGGUAGCAAGGAAACGGGAAAUAUGGAAAUCACCCAAUGUUUUUCCUAUCUUUCUCAAUUUUCUGCCUGUUUUUAACACCGUCGGUCCCACUUUCUCUCUGUAAAAUUAUACUGACUUUUCUUCACGGAUCCACACCUAUCUACAUUUUGAGGCCCAGUCCAGUGCUUGGGUAUUUUUUUUAUCAAGUCCGCUUGAACUCCAGUUAUUUGCUUGUUUCAGGAUUUCAUUUUUCUGUCUUGUAUAGAAAUCAAGGAUGCUAAUUCUGCAAUUAAUGGAAUUUCCCUCGGAGGAUGAAGGAAAGGGUUCAAAGAACUCCAAGAAUUUCUCUUAUUUCAUUCAGUCCUGGCGAGGCUGAUUUCCUUCAGACGGUUAGGGGUGUGUUUGCAUAUAGGAUGCAGUUCCGUGGUUUCAUUUAUGUCAGGAUACGUACUUAAAUAACAUGUGAGAGCUUAGAUUUGAAAAUUUUGAUUGUAUAGCAUUUAUGUUUUACAAUGAAAGAUGAUGUAUCAGUGCGGUGGAGUGAUGAGAAAGACGAUAAUUCGACGCAUGUAUAAAGUUGACUCACUUUCGCAGAUUCUUAAUAUCAUAUAUUUUUUUUAUUAAACUUCGUCUUCUUGAUUAUCUUUUAUAUAUGUGUAGAAAACAUGCUUGGUGGUGAAAUUAGUGCUCCGUUGUUCCAAACUGGGUUGGGGAGACCCGUUGGUUUAAAACAAUCUUCAAUUAGGAAGGCACUGUCUGUUCUCCAGGAGGAAGAGAAUGUGGAAAUGGGUGAGUCAAUAGACUCUAUUUUAUCUCACCUUUCUUUACUUACAGAUUUGCCAAGCUGUACAUGCUCUUGAACGAAAUUCUAUUCUGGAUCCGUAAGUCUCAGUUGGCAAUGUUUAUCUUUUCAUGCAUGAGAAAUAAAAGGUAUUUACCGAUAUGAUCUCUUCCCAACAGAAGAGGACUUGGUCCAACAAAAAAACGGAAAUUCUUUUAGUAGAAAAUUUCCGAUUAGAUCUUGAAUAAUUGGAAAAGUUUUCAGAAAUCUGUCUCACGAGUUAUUCCGUACUUUAUGAGUUGCAUAUUUUCACCAUGCUCCUGUUGUCCGUGAUCUGUGUAAUGGAUUUUAUCCGAUGACAAUUUAUUGAUCCAGCCCUGUCUCUGUUUGAGUGACAUUCUCUUCCUCAUGGGGUUAAAGUUCCAGGGUUCUGCCAUAGUGUAAAAUUCGUUUCUCCAGAAGAUAUGUGCUUCGAUGUGCGCCUUUCUCCAACGCGACAUGUAAAUAAACUUUCACAAAGUAACCAUAUCUUGAAUUUAUCAUCUUUGAACAUUGUUACACGCUGGACUACAUAUGACUAAAUCGUGCCAAACUUCAGAUCUUCUAUAGGAAAGUCAUCUCGCUGACUGGACGUGUUUGACACAUCACAAAGAUUGCCUCCAGAUCUGUGAUCUGUAUCUUGUAGUGAUUCUUUAGAAUUGAAGUGUUCAGGAUCCAGGGACAUAUUAAGGUGCGGGUGUUCUAAAAAAGGAACCCAUUAUCUUUUAGUAUUUAUUCGUUUCUUAUACAAGGUGAAUGAUGAGUUUUUUGUAGGGGUCGUUUUGCUGUAGUGAAAUGAAUCAAGCCGCAUCUCUUGGUAUCUUGAAGAUAACUGCUCAUUCUGCCCAUUCUCUUACGUCUCAGCAUGAUUCAUUUUUGUUGCAUAUUACUAUGCUUGUCUAGCUGGUUGUGGAACAAUAACUGCUUGCAAAUUUACAGGCACGAUGCAAAAAUGCAAUCCAAGGGUUGGAGUCAGUGUUUCCGGUUGUUCAUUGUGGAGAGACUCUGGCAAGGUCAUCAAUAUAUCUGCAGGUGGUUUCCGGAGAGCUAAUGCAUUGUUGGGUUUGGAUGAAAAUCACAUCCCUCUCACUGAAAGUGUGACAGAUCAGACCAGUUUUGACACAGGCAAUCGAAGGAAAAAGUCAUGUCAAUUGUCAAUAAACCCUGGAGCUUCUGGGAUGUCUUUUUUUAAUCCUUUAGGUGAUGAACCAGUUGAAAGACGGUCGUUUAUCUCUCAUGGUAAUGAAAAUGUUUCAAGAAAUCAGAUCGAGAGCAGUGGGCCUGGAAAGCUUCACGUCUCCAGCAUGCAUGCAUCUGCUCCCAUAUCCCCGCCAAUCAUGUUUCAUACUGCGGGUGGAAGGUCUCUGCCCAUUUCUGAUGAUGCAUUAAGACGAGCAAGGAGCCUUCUUGGUGACCAGGAUACUGAAAUUUUACAGAAUGGGAUUAGUACUAGUUAUUUAAUACCGUCAGUAUCAAAUGAUAAUUUACAUGAGAUGUCACAGAACAAGGAAAAUUUUGAUUUCAUUGGCAGUAAUUCAGAAAGAAGCAGAAACAUGUUCAAAAUACCCAUGCAGGAGUCGUCGCUGACCUUUGCUUCUCUGACGGCUGACUUUGCCCAUGGUAAUAAAGUCAACAAUGAUGCUUUCAGCUCUGAGAGGAUCCAUGAGUUUGAUGGUAAAAUGUUGCACGUGCAAAAUAUGCCAAGGAAAGACCUUCAUGAAACUUUUAAAGUGGAAAACUUGAGAAUGGGACCAGAAGGAAGGCCACCAAGGCCACCUCUGGCUAACAUCUCAAAUAAAGCAAGUGCCGGUAUUCCAAUUCAGGUGGAUUUCUCUGGUGACAAUAGAAGGCAAAGGAGGACAAGUUCCAUUUCUCCAUUCAAAAGACCGAGAAGCUCUAGGUUUGUCUAUUGUCUGGUUUAUCAAUUCUACAAUCUUCACUCCUUUUCCCAUCAAAGUAGGCCUGCUUUUAUAUCUGGAAGAAGCUAAACAUAUGGAGGAGUUUUCUGCUGGCUGGCGGCAUUUAGCUAACCUCACCAUUAUAUGCAUGAAAAACUGGUAGCCGUUUUUUUGCAGCAACAGGCUGGAUGCAUUUAUGGUGUUACCCGCAUUGUAAUUGUUACAAGUUGUCCAGUUGUUAAUAUUCCUUUCUCUAGUUUGUUCUAAUAUCCUAUCUAUUUUCAGGUUCUCUACGCCUUUGCGUGAAAAUACUUUCCUGAUUGAUACUGGUAAAUAAGUGGAAAAAACUGGAUUAAAGUGCUUGUUGCUAGGCAGAUAGAUUCAGAAAACUUAUUCAAAAUUUCUUUCUGUAGGUCAAUCUCUUUCAUCAUCCGCCAAAGACUGUUGCCAAAAGUUAAAGGUAUCCACUCAUUAUCCUUCUAAGCAGAACAGAAAGACUCUCUUGGAAUUUUUUGGAGGACCUCCCAAUCUUGAUAACUCGGUAGGUGGGUCCGUUCCCUGUGAUUUUGUUUUAGUUAGAUCAUCUGGCUUCCUUGUGGUACUGACUGUUGUAUUGCAAUGCUUAUCAACUUAGUUGGAGAAUUUGUCAGAUCAGGUCAAGCAUAUAAAUCUAGAGAAAGCAGCGACAUAUAAAUUCAAGAUAUCAUCUGACUCUGAGGCGAUUGGAACAGAUGAGCUUAAACAUCUGCUGAUUCAGUCUGGUGCUUCCUCACUAAAAGCGACCAAAGAGUAAAUUAUAUUACUUUUAUUGCAUCUUGCAUUUUCACUCUCAGUCAUUGACGUUAAUCAUUUAUAUGAAACUAGGAAAACGUUAAAUAUGUUUCAUGGUUUUUGGUCGUUUUCAAUCUGCAGAAAUUUGACGCGGUCAUAUAAUUCUAUAAAUUGUUGAGAACUUUUAGCUUAAAGAUUUUCCCGUAUUUUCCUGGUCAUGAUUUAAAAUUCAAUUUAAUUGAUUCUUUUAAUGAUGGGAAUUAUUCUGUAUCAUAUUCAGAACUGAUCUUAAGUUUUUUCUUGUUUACUUUCUAUUAGUCUUCUUGAAUUUUUUUGGUUGUCAAUGCUGUGCCAAAUUGAUUCCUGUGGUGUAUGUGCUUGAAUCUCUUCAAACUUCGGGCAUUAUAGGAGAAUGCAUCACCCGACUCGAGUGUUCACUAUUAUGGUGUUUUUUAAAUUCAUCACCUGGUUACUGCAUUUGAUCUAUUUCAUUAUGCACAAAAAACACUUUGCGUAAGCAAGGACGUGCAAGCAUGAGCAUCAAAGCCAUAAGUGAAUGAAGUCAUUUAGAUGCUGAUCUUAGCCCCAAUCACAUCUUUAUAACCAUUCCUGCACAUAAAAAAGAUGAAUGCCUCUGUGACUUCAUCAGAUUAUAGCUCAUCUCUCUCAUUAAGGAUUUCAUUGCUGAUAACCUUUCCAUUCUUUUGAAGAAGAAAAAGAUUCAUGGUUCUAUAGACUUCAGACUGGGGCACGAUGAAGAAUAUAGAAGUUAGAGUAAACCAAAAAAUUCUUUACUCAAUAUAUUUAUCAGUCUUAAUAGACAUUUUAUAGUCCUAUAGAUUCAUUGGUAUGUAAAAUGGAGUUGUGCGUACAAUGAACAGUUUUGUAUUGUUUUCAAAUACCAAGUAUUAUGUGCAAUCUGUGCUGCUAUGUUACACGAAAGGAAGAUGUCAUGAGAGUGAUUUGGAACAUUUAAGAUAAAAUUUUAACGCUGACUUUUUUAUCUGCAGAUGUACUGAAAACAUUAUAUUUAAAAUGACUAAAAGCCAUGAGGGAAUGAAGUUUGUGUACCAUUUUGGAAGGUCUGAAUGUAGGAAACGUAGCAAUAGAACUAUCUUUAAAGAGAUACGGACCCGUUUUUAGAGUGUCCUAGAAGGGGAAGAGGAAGACCAAAAUAACUGAAAAAGAAUUAAAAACAUCAGGACUGAAAUGUAUAACAGCUCUAUUCACUUCGGGGACUUCAACUUUCAAGAUUUGCCCCUAAGAUGGAUGCUUAAACAGGUACUUACACAAAUACAGUAUCUAAAGAUUUCUAGCUUCAUCACUUAGAUUUUCAUUUCCGUAAUAAACUUUUUCUUUCAUAGAAGCAAGGGUGUAUGUGUUGAGAACAUAUCAGGAAUAGAAAAAGAAACAAAUUGAGUCGGAUUGUACUUAGCUGAAUUCAGAUUUGCUUGGCUUCAACUUCCUCUGGUCUACGGGCAAAAACAAAAUAAUAUUUUAUUUUUAAGCCUAGUGACUUGGCCUUUAUGUAGUCCUAAUUGGACUCUUGAAAUUCUCGCCAAAUUAUCAAACCUUGUUAAGCGCUCUCCGUUGAAACUCUCGUCUUUUUUGUUGAUAUUUAGCUGUCUUUUUAUGAAAAAAUGGAAUAGUUGUCCUUUUUCUUGUAUCCAUAGAGCUGCAUCUAUUUACUAUUCGCUGUUGUCUUUUGUAUGGUUUUUAUCUCUUAGGUGGGUACAGAAUCACUACAAAUGGAUAGUUUGGAAGCUCGCCUGUCUAGAAAGAGGCUAUCCAGAACAAGCCAAAGGAAAAUAUUUAACUGCUGCCAAUGUGCUUGAAGAAUUAAAGUACAGGUAGUAUGAUCAGCCUUGUUCUCGAACAUCAUUUUUUUUGAUAAUUCUUUCAUGAUUUUAUUCCAUUUCAUGUACUAGGUAUGAAAGGGAAGUGAAUCAUGGCCACAGAUCUGCAGUAAAACGAAUUCUGGACGGCGAUGCAUCACCUGCCUCUAUGAUGGUCCUAUGCGUUUCAGAUAUCCAUCAUCUCUCCAGCAAUAGUACAUGUGACGGCCAGCAGACUAGUAAACAUGAAGAUGCCGAUAAGUCCAAGAGCUGUAAUAGACCCAUAAAUUGUGAUGCUGUGAAAAUAGAAUUAACUGAUGGAUGGUAGGGAUACGCUUUUGUACUGAUAUAUAUGAAUUUGAGUUUCUCUUGAAGGCAUAAUUUACUUUCAAGUGUACAGGUAUUCGUUAGAUGCUUUCCUGGAUGGAGCUCUCUCAAACCAUUUAGUGUCUGGCAAGCUGUUUGUGGGCCAGAAGCUCCGGGUGCGGUGAACUCCUCUUUCUAUGCUCUACUCGGUGUCUUUUACUUUUUGUGGUCGCAGUUGUUCAAUGACUUAUCACACUUUUUUUUAGAUAUGGGGAGCCGCUUUAUGCGGCUGGGUCGGACCUGUUUCAUCUCUUGAGGUUUGUGUUCUCUUUCAGCUCUUUCAUUGAAGUGAGAAAUUACAUUGACGAUAUCAAUACAAUAAAAAUUCGCUUUGUUAACAGGCUUGCAAAUCGGUUAGUCUACAAUUACACAUUAACGGGACUUAUCGAGCACAUUGGGCAGAGCGUUUGGGAUUCUGUAUGAAAUUUUCCUGUUGGAAGAACAUUUCUUCUUUCUUCUUUACAUUAAUUUUCACACGACAUGAAUGUCUCUUCUAGCUUUUAGCUUCAUCUUUCAUUACUUGAUUUUGUCCAGGUAAGGGCUUCAGAUUUCCACUGGCUUUUAGGUGCAUUAAGGGCGCUGGCGGUCAAAUUCCUAAAACUUUGGUCGGUGUUACACGCAUAUAUCCAAUUCUUUACAAGGAGAGGUGCACUUCCUCAAGCUAUUUUUUUUUAUACAUAGUAUGUCAACGCUUCCAAUAGACUAUAAAAACCAUAAAUUCUUAAUGCAGGUUUCCUGAUGGUGGUUCCAUUGUGAGAUCCGAAAGGAUGGAAAGCAAGAUGGUACAUCUUCACAACCAGAGGUAAAUUGAUUUGCUUUCAGGGGCAAUAUAUGCAGCCCGUCAGAUGAGGAUGGUGAUAACUCUCCACUUAUCAAUAAUAGUCCUGCGAGUACCUAACCCACCGACAAUAAUCCCCAGAAAUGUACUCUAAUUACUGGGGGUUAUCUUAUCAACGGAUUGGCUCUUAGUUUACCAAAGCCAUUCAUAUUAUUGUUAGUUUAGAACUCCCUACUUUUUUCUUUUGAUUUUCCGUGGCGGAAGGUAUAGACUAUCAACACCUGGCCAGACGUUUACCAUGGUCGUACAUCAGUGUCUAACCUAACUUAUUCCAGGUCUUCGGCUUUGGCCGCAUAUCAGACCAGCUAUGGUCCGGAUAUAGACAUGUAUUAUAUAUCUUCUCCUGAUUUUCUUUGCAUUUCUUAGCUAUCUGGAAGCUUGUUUUUCAUCCACCUAGACGCAAGCAACCCUUUCCCCAGCCGAAUGGAAAUGUGCACAAGCAUCCCAAUAUCUUUCAUGAUUUUGAUCAACCGGUUUACCCAAGAUUCCUAGCUAUCCAACUAGUUCGGGAACAAUAAAACUAGAGCUUUACUCGUGAUUUCUCAUGAAAUACCACCGAUUUUGUUUUAAACUGUACUGAAGAAAUACAUUCAGCUACAUGUCUGACUGAUUCUUGUUGCCGGAGGUACAAGUCAUCAUAGGGCGUGAUAUAUCAGCUGCUAACAUCUCUCUUGGUUUACGGCAGGCGUCUACUAGUUGCUGAGGACAUUAUGUCGAAGCAAGACAAGUUCUUCAGCGAAAAUGAUAACGACAGCGAAGAAGGCGCCAAGAUUUUGAAGAUACUUGAGACGUCCGCUGAGCCCGAAGUGCUGAUGGCUAGCAUGAGCUCAGAACAGCUGAUUUCCGUUUCCAAUUACCAGGCAAAGCAAGAGGCGAGUUUCUAUCGAAUUUGAUUGGAGUUUAUAAUGUCCUGGAAAUAUUAUUUGAAACUUGAGCUGUUAGAAUCCCCAGGCAAUCAAGCAGAACAACAUAGUGAAGACAAUAGAGAAGGCAUUGGAAGAUGCAGGCUUGAGUUCCCGAGAGGUCACCCCCUUCAUGAGAGUGAGAGUGGUGGAGCUGAACCAGAAGGGCUCUUCUACAAAGGGCUCCCUUGUGCAAGGCUUGAUAGCCAUAUGGAACCCAACCGAGCAGCAGGUCAGUCUUCUACGUUAUUUCUGCCCAUCGCCUUGUCCGAUCCGUUUAUGUUCUUCGCAGCGUUUCCAAAGCCUCUUCCUAAUGGGAUCGAUCUAGUAUUCUGCGAGCCUGAAGCUGAUGACUUGAUGGUGCAGAAAGCUGAUCUGGUGGAAGGGCAGAUGUAUUCUGUCUCAGGACUAACGCCUCUGAAUGGUGUCUCUGAUAUCCUUCACUUACAAGCGAGAGGACCCACUAGCAGGUGGAAACCCCUGUCUCCAACAGCCAGCGACAAGUUUGAGUAA